AUGUCAUUAUUGAUGUUUAAUGAUCAAUGUGAAAAUAUCUUAAAAUUAAUAGGUAAUCGGGUUGUCUCAUUACGUCUAACAUUAAUUGAUAUUAUUGAUGGAUGGUCACUCGUUUCAUCUUAUCUUCAGUAUCAUCAGAUAUCAUUACUUCAACAUUUACAUCUGAUUGGCAUUGAACCACAUGAAUUUGAUAAAUUAUUGCGUAAUCACAAUGUUAAUCAAAUAGAAAAUGGUUCAUUAGAAUAUCAAAUAACUUUACCGAAUUUAUUAAAUACAAAUCAUCUUCGUACAUUAACUAUUGGUAUACAUACGUCACAUUUUCUCGAGCGUUUACUAUUAUGUAUACCAUUCAUUGAGAAUUUUUCUUUCAGUAUAAAAGAUCGAGAUAGUGAUGAGCAUGAUACACAUGAUACAAUCUUAUUGCCUACCAGUAUUGAUACUCAUCAUCUUCGAUAUCUAUCUCGUCUACGUAUUAAUUGUAUGAAUAGCAUAAGUUUUCAUCGAAUUAUUGCACUUUUAUCAUCUGUCUUCGGUCAACUUUGUCAUUUGUCAUUAAAAUUAGAAGCAUUUACAUCAAUAUCUGAUCCAUUGAUUAUAUCAGGUGACAAUUAUUCAACAAUUGUGUCUUGUCAAAUGCCGAUUAAUCCAUUAAAUCUAUUUCCACGCGCUGAUACAUUAUCUCUACGUGGUUAUAAAAGGAACAUUUCUGUUCGAGAAUUCAGUAACUGUAGAAGUUCUAUAUCAUCAUUAGUUCCAUGGUCAUCUAUAACAAAUAUUUCAAUCAAUCAUAGUAAUGUUCUUACUCGGGCCACAUUAGAAUCAAUAUUACGAAUGGCUUAUAAUGUACACACACUAGAUUUGUUUGAUGAUGGAGGAAUUUUACUUCGUCCAAUAUUAAAUAAUUAUAAUCUCACAACUCUUAUCAAUCAACAAAUAAAAUCAUUUGAGAUCUUCGAUAUAUCAUUGACAUUGCAAAAUGCUCAACGAAUUUGUACAUUAUUGUCGAAUCGAUUAUUUAACUUGAAGAAACUUUCAUUUUCUAUUUGUGAUGGAUAUGAUCAAUGGCGAUGGAAACCAUCUUGUAUUGUGAAUAGGAAAAACAAAUCUACAAAACGUAUUGUUACUCUUAUUUAUCUGCUUGUUGAUCAAUUACAAAAACUUGUUUCGCUACGUAUCAUCUUUUCCAAUUCGAGAUACUCUGAUACACCUUGUUUUCCACAUUUAAUUCGACGACAACUACAUCAUUAUCCAUUUAAUCAACCAUUUCGAUUACGAGUUACUUCCAAUGAAAUUCAUAUCUGGCUUUAA